CAUAGGUUUAUUUUAUUACUCGCGAACAUAACUAAUACUUAAUUAGUGAGGUCUAGUCAUUUUAAUUAAAAGUUAGUUAAAUACCUAGUUACCUCAUCAUUUACAAUGAGUUUAAAUGAUAAUAUUUCGUUCUGUGUAAGUUUAAUGUUAUUGGCUGGUGCUGUGUUGACAUUACCACAAAACAUGCAGGACUUAGUUGGAUUCCCUGAAACAGAAGAAGUGGAAAGUGAUAAGAAUAAAGAGGGUCGCCAGCCAAUCUACGCACCCGUGAUUUGCGCUGAGAAUGAGCUGUACUACCCGGGGGACCAGAAAGACGACUGGAUCUGUGAUUGCAGACCAGCGUUCCUCUACCACCCAACCACCGACGCGUGCUGGCCGGCGUACCGCAAGGGCCCGUGCAGCCAGGGCGAGUACUUAGUACUGAAGAGCACCUCCGUCAUCCCAGUGUGCGUGAGGAACCCCUGCUACGGAGACAACUUCGUCGUGUGGAACGCCAAGUGCGUGCAGCUGGGUACUACGGAACCCUGCGCCUUGUUUAGCAGAAGGCACCCAUCGGCGAAGGCGCUAGGAGUGAACGCCACGACGCUGGCCGUCAGCUGUCUGGACCUGGCGCUGGAGAACCGCUUCGGGGAAGCCCCGGCCCCGACCACGGUGAAAUGCUUGCCCGGGAGCAAAAGGAAUGUUGAUAAUAAGUGCGGUUAGUUAAUGUGAUGUUAAGAUAAGUAAAUACUUGGUAAUUUAGGUUAGUUUAAGUGAGUAAAUAAAUACUUUUAGACAAUUAUU